AUGUCAAAGGCAACUCGACACCCUAUUUACUACUUUCAUGCGUCAAGCCAUAUCUUCCAGGUUGAGAACAUACUGUACAAGCUCUGCAGUUCAAUUUUAUCUUCGGCUUCCAACGUCUUUCGUGACAUGUUUGCUGCUACACAGAACAGCGGUCAAAUAGAGCUGGACGGCAUGAGCGAUGACAAGCCCAUUCACCUCGAAGGAAUAUCCCGGGACGCCUUUGAGUUGUUUCUCGAGCUUACCUUCGGAAGGAUACGUGCCGGCUCAUAUACACUCGACGAGCUUACAAAAUUCCUCCAUUUCUGCGACAUGUACCAAUGUUGUCAUGCACGAGAAUUUAUUGUUUCCCGUGUGUUUGCGGCACGUUUCCGCUUCCCACCCAGCUCAACUAAUAAACCUGGCUAUCAAAUAUCACAAACUCCCAUUACCGAGAUCACCCAUGCACACCGGGAGCUGAUGGGCAACGAGGUCUUUCUAAAUGUGGUUUAUGUUCAAGCUGCCCUUGAUCACCAUCGUCGAAUUGUGGCUGCGGAGGAACCAAGAAUAUUGAUGCACUCGAAUGAUUGCGAUGACCCGGCCGGUUGCAGCGAGGAUUGGCACUGCUACAUGGUGGAAUGGAACCCUCAACCAUACGGCGAUGCCGUCAAACGCUUCAAGGAUAUGUCGUUUGGCCGUGUCAGCGAGGGCUGUAAAGAUCUUAUGUUCAAAAUUCUCGAUGAGGGUGCAGCAUUCCGUCACUGCAGAACACUUUAUUACCGAGGCCUGCCAAUUUCUGUUAGAGAAACUGGUAUUUGA